AUGCCGCCCCUCCCCUCCUCCUUCGCCAAGGACGACGCCGUCGAGAUCCUCCGCCCCGGCUCCGCCCCCGGCCUCCGCGGCGCCCUCUACCCCGCCACCUACCUGACCCUGUCGGGCGACGGCGGCGGCGGGGCCCGGAGGGAGCGGCCGCGGCUGAGGGAGUACGUGGACCUGGCCCGGGCGAGGCCCGUCCCGCCGCGGGUGAUGCACGAGCGGUUCCGGGUGGGGGAGGAGGUGGACGCCUUCCGGGAGGACGGGUGGCAUUUCGGCGAGAUCAGGGAGAUUCGGGAGGACUCCAGGGUGGAGUUUGGGCAGAGGGAGUUGAGGCGUCACCGGGAGUGGAGCGGCGAUGGGGUUUGGACCCCGCCUUUGGCCGGCGGUGAAUUGCAGGAGAAAUCAUCUACAAUGGAGUUAAAGCCUUUCAAGAUAAAAUUCAAGAUAGGACUCGAUAAAGGGACAUCAUUGCCACCCCCUGAGUUUGGAAAGGGUAAAACUGUGGAGGUCAGCAGUGAUGAAAAAGGUUAUGAGGGUUCUUGGUUUUCCGCAACUGUCAUUGACUAUAUAGGAAAUGACAAGUAUCUGGUUGAAUACCUAACCUUGAAAACAGACGAUGAAACUGAACCUUUGAGGGAAGAAGCAUAUUCACGGUAUAUCAGGCCCUACCCUCCUUAUCUUCCAGCCAGGCGUUUCAAGCAGCUUGACAAAGUUGAUGCUUGGUACAAUGACGGAUGGUGGGUCGGUGUAAUUUCCAAAGUUCUAAAAGGCUCUCAGUAUAUUGUCUACUUCAGCACAUCCAAUGAAGAACUAAUUUUCAUUGAGUCUAAUCUGAGGCUUCACCAGGACUGGAGUGACGGCAAGUGGGUCAUUGCUUCCCAGGAUAAUUCUACUGAGGUGGCAUUGAGAAUAGCAAGUUUAAGAGGUACGGAGUUUGGCGAUGCUAAUAUAAAAGUGAAAUUCAGUAAGGGAAUGAAAGUGGAGGUGAGAAUCAAUGAAGAUGGUUACAUGGGCUGUUGGUUCCCUGCAGUGAUCAUCGAUACGAUUGGAGACAAGUUUUUGGUUGAGUAUCAGACUUUGCAGACUGAUGACGAAACCGAAUUACUCAAAGUAGCAGAGAGUUCACAUAUAAGGCCUUUUCCUCCUGACAUUAAAUGUGCACACACUUUUGCACAGGACGAAAUGGUUGAUGCUUGGUAUAAUGAUGGCUGGUGGGUGGGUCAUAUUUCCCAAAUUCUUGGGGGCUUGAAGUACAAAGUCUACUUUAUGACAUCAAGUGAGGAAUUGGAAUUUGAACAUCACAAUCUUAGACCUCAUCAAGAAUGGAUUGGUGGUCGAUGGAUUAUCACUUCCAGGGGUAGUAGGUCUGUUUGAAGCAGUCGACUGUGCAGUAACUUUGGGCCUCUGCUUCAAUUGUAAGUUUACUCCUGACUCGCUGCUUUGUCCGACAUGAUGCCAUUGUCCACAUCUUGCAAUGGCCAUCCACUA